CUGCACUUCGCAGACUUUCAGAACACCCAGUUUCGACAGUUUGACAUCUACCUAGACGAAAAUAGGUUGGUACCGGUACGGAAGUCCUACAGCCCCUCGUACCUGAGGUCGUCCUCUGUGUCCGUGGAAUCCUACAGGGCUACUGACGGCAAGUACAGCAUCACUCUUGUUCCGACCAACACCUCCGUGCUGCCUCCCAUCAUCAAUGGGCUCGAGAUCUACGUUCGCGUCCCGUACGAGAACCCGGUGACACUCCCUCAAGAUUUUGACGCCAUCAUGGCUAUCAAAAUCGAGUAUGGAGUGAAGAAAAACUGGAUGGGUGACCCAUGUUUUCCAUCCAAAUAUGCUUGGGAUGGUGUGAAAUGUAGCAAUGCAAGUGGUAACACUUCGAGGAUAACAUCACUAGAUCUCUCCAACAGUUAUUUACGUGGCCCAAUAUCUAAGAAUUUUACACUGCUCACAGCACUCGAGAAUUUGGAUUUAUCUUACAACAACUUAAGCGGCUCAAUACCUGAUUCCCUGUGUAAAAAUUACACCGGGUCACUUAUUUUCAGGGAUCCACAGCCUCAUAAUCAUGCCGGAGUCAUACAAAGUCAUGGGGAUAACUUGAAAAAAACUGAGAAUCGGAGGUUCACAUACAAAGAGCUGGCGAAGUUCACUAAUAAUUUCAAGAAGUUCAUAGGACGAGGAGGUUUUGGGUCCGUCUACUAUGGCCAUCUGGAAGACAACACUGAAGUUGCUGUCAAGAUGCGCUCUGAAUCAUCAUCAUGUGGGCUUGAUGAAUUUUUAGCUGAGGUUCAAAGCUUGACAAAGGUGCAUCACCGGAAUCUAGUGACUUUGAUUGGUUACUGCUGGGAGAAAGAUCAUUUGGCACUAGUUUAUGAGCAUAUGUCUCAAGGCAGUCUUUUUGAUCAUCUGAGAGGUAAAACUAGUGCUAUUGAAGCCUUGAAUUGGAGAACACGUGUACAAAUAGUGCUUGAAGCUGCACAAGGCCUGGACUAUCUGCACAAAGGUUGCAAUUUGCCAAUAGUUCACCGGGAUGUGAAGACCAGCAACAUUCUCUUGGGUCAAAAUCUGCAAGUUAAAAUAGCAGAUUUUGGACUUUCCAAGACAUAUCUUAGCGAUAGUCAGACUCACAUAUCAGCAACUGCCGCUGGCACAGCUGGUUACAUAGAUCCUGAGCACUACCUCACUGGAAGGUUAACCGAGAGCAGUGAUGUGUACAGCUUCGGAGUAGUUCUGCUUGAGGUAGUCACAGGUGAGCCCCCAAUAGUAUAUGGCCAAGGCCACAUCAUUCAGCGUGUCAAACAGAAGAUUGCCACUGGUGACAUCAGCUCAGUUGCUGAUUUGCGACUUGGAAGUGCCUAUGACAUCAACUCCAUGUGGAAGGUAAUCGACGCCGCUAUGAUGUGCACUGCAGACUCUCCUGCUCAAAGGCCAACGAUGGCCACAGUUGUGAUACAGUUGAAAGAGAGCCUGGUGUUGGAGGAAGCUCGCGAGAAGGACAGUAGCGUCAGGGCAAGCCGAGAGAGUGAUAUUGAAGCUAAGGUGUCCACAUUACGUCCAUCAACAAGAUGA